AAGUUUUAUUUUUAUUAUAAUGGAUAAAAGAUUACCUUUUGAAAUUCUAACAGACAUCGUCUCUCAUUUAAAAGAUGAGCAAUAUUCACUUGGUCAAUUGGUAUCAACAUCAAAGACAAUGCAUAAAGCAGCAUUGCCUAUGCUAUAUCGCUCGCCUCACUUUGAAAAGAUGGAUUCCUUUAAAUCGUUUGUUGCAAACUUGACACCAGAGGUAGGCUCAUUUGUCUACGAGUUGGAUUUACACAUGCUGGUUCAUCGGUGGAAGUCGAUCACUGCUGUAUUAUUGACGCAAUUAACAUGCAAGACACGUAAUCUUCAAGUCCUCAAUCUUGAUUUUUGUGUUGAAUUAUCAAAUAACGCACUCAGAGAAAUAAUAAAACCACUUGGAGAUUUACGAAUACUUGGCUUAGACGACUGUUUGCUACUUGGUGAUGUUGCAGUAGAAGCCAUUGUGAAUAGCUGUCCGUUUAUUGUCGAACUUGGUUUAAGCUCAACGCAUAUCAGAGACAAAUCAUUAUUUUUAAUAGCCAAACAUCUCGUUCACCUCGAACGAAUUUAUCUUUCCUCAUGCGAUCAUGUCACAGAAGUAGGCAUUAAGGCCCUAUUGGACGGCUGUAAAAAAUUGAAGCACUUUGACGUAAGAGACUGUUAUAAUAUCGUUGGUGAAUUCCAUCAACCAGUUGAUAGCGACUCUGAUGAAUACAUUGAUGAUAAUUCAGAAGAAGAAACAAUAUAGAACUGUAUAUGAACUUUUUAGAUUUGUACAUAUUGAAUAAACAUUUGCAUAUCGCUUUUUAAAACAGAAUGUAUAAUAUUUUACUAACCUUU